AUGAAUAAGUAUGGCUUUUGUGAUAUUUCUAAUUAUAAAGUUAGUGUACCUGAACCCAUCCAACAAGACUUUGACAAAUCAAUGAUAGAUAAAGAUAUACUUAACUAUAUUAACACUACUGCUUUCGAGGGUCCUGAUUCAGAUUCAGAAGAUGAUGCAAUAUUGAAACUCAAUGAUUCUGACACUGAUGAAAUCAAUGAAUUCGAUGAUGACGAUAUUUCAUUAGAUGGCGCUAAUCUCACUGUGUCAACGCUAAAAGUUAAUGAUUUGAAAAUUCUAAAGAAAGAAUUUAGUGACGUAAAUGAGACGAAAUUUGAAUUAUUGACACGAAAAGGAGUAUUCCCAUAUGACUAUGUCGAUAAUGUGGAAAGAUUGGAUGAAUCCGAGUUGCCAAGUAUUCAAAAUUUCUAUAACAAAUUGAACGAUACAAAUAUUUCGGACGACGAUUACGCGCACGCGCAAAAAGUUUGGGAAUCUUUCGAGCUGAAAUCGCUGGAAGAAUAUAGCGACCUAUAUAUGCGGACCGAUAUUCUUCUUCUUGCUGACGUCAUGGAAAAUUUCCGUGCGUCAUCCCUCAAGACCUAUGGCCUCGAUCCUGCUUGGUAUUACACCAUGCCCGGCUAUACUUGGGACUGCAUGCUCAAGUAUACUGGGUGUAAGCUGCAAAUCAUCAAAGAUAUCGACAUGGUGAUGUUUGUGGAGCAGGCGAUAAGAGGAGGAGUAUCGGUUUGUUGCAAUAGGUACUUUUCUAAAGAUUUCAUGACAGAAUUCAUAAGAGUAUAUAGGGAACAUACAUCUUUAUGGAAAAUCAAGUCUAAAGCGUACAUGAAUAAGAAUUUGAAGAAUGUAGGAAUAACACAAUUGAUUGAAGUGUGCAAGCAAUUCCAAAUAAUGGAGGCGGAUAAGAACUUCGUUAUGAAAAAAAUGCAAUCAAUUCGUGGAUCAUUCAGGAAGGAGUUGAAAAAAAUUAAAGAUUCGCAAAGAAGUGGGGCAUCAGCAGAUGACAUUUACCAACCAACAUUAUGGUACCUUGAAUUAUUACAGUUUACAAUUGAUCAAGAAACAGCUACAGACAGUAUUUCGAAUAUGGAGAGUUCAACCAGCGAAGUUGGUGAUUCUUGUAAAGAAAGGCAAGACCAGCAAAGCAAUAAUGCAGCUUGA